AUGCCUCUUUCUCUACCAAAAAGGAAUGCCCAGGAACCUAUAAAGCCAGUUGACAAGUCUGGAAGCAAUGCAGAUAUUAUUCCAUCAAAGACUGUUUCUUCUCUCAAUAACGUGCAGAAGACGGUGAAAAGAGAUGGUUCAGAGGUGUCUAAUGUGCAGCAUGAUACUUCUGAUGGUUUUCCAACAGAGUGGGUACCACCAAAUUUGAGUGUACCAAUAUUGGAUCUCGUUGAUGUUAUCUUCCAGCUUCAAGAUGGUGGAUGGAUUAGGCGGAAGGCAUUUUGGGUUGCUAAGCAAGUCUUACAACUAGGAAUGGGUGAUGCCUUUGAUGAUUGGUUGAUAGAGAAAAUCCAGCUUCUCCGAAAGGGAUCAGUGGUUGCUUCUGGAGUCAGCCGAGUUGAACAGAUACUUUGGCCUGAUGGAAUAUUCUUAACCAAGCACCCAAAUAGACGACCACCACCAUCUCCUGCUAAAACAUCUGAGAGUUCACCUCCUGGCCACAAACCUGCAGAAGUAUCUCCGAGGAUUACUGAUGAGCAGCAAAAGGAGGCAGAUCGACGAGCAAAGUUUGUAUAUGAGCUUAUGAUUGAUCAUGCACCACCAGCAAUUGUAGGUCUUGUAGGACGGAAGGAGUAUGUACAGUGUGUUAGAGAUCUAUAUUUUUUUCUUCAGUCAUCUGUGUGCUUGAAGCAGCUGGCUUUUGACCUCCUUGAGCUGCUCCUGUUGCAAGCAUUUCCAGAACUAGAUGAUGUAUUCAAGAAAGUGCAUGAAGAAAAGCAUAGAUUUGGGGAAUUCAUAGCACCAAAGUGAAUAGUAUAAUUUUUGCAUGAGGUCCGGAGACACAAUUGUAAAUGGAGAUAUUAUGCUUGUGCCUUGUUUUUUACUUUUAUUCUCCUGAAAAAAGAAAAAAAAAAGGUGAAUUUUCUGGUGACCCUAUUUGUCUUUGCAACCCAUCAUCUAUCUUUUUCUGCAAGUUGAUGAGUUGAAGGCAAUUUUCCCGUUCAUAACUUCGGUUUUGUAAUUAGUAUUGGCGUCUUGAGGAAACAAAACUGUAAAUUUUGAGAAUAAUGCAAUCAUUGUAAGUUUUUUUUUCC